CAAAGACCGCGCAGUGUUGCCUUGCCGCGCUCAGAGCACAACACUUGCCCUCAGACAUAAUAUUUUUACUAAUCUUUCCUUUACGAUUUAUGUGUGUUUCUUUCGACAAGCCAUUAUCCAGCCCGAGAAACAAAAGUGUACUCUGUAGUUUUAAAAGAAGAGUGUGACCUUAAAAAAAGGACAUCUAACAGUUAGGGUGAAUUGAUUCUUACAAAGGGUUCAUUCUUAAAUCCACAAGGGGGUGAAAGAGUUAAGUUGUUGAUUCUUUUCGCGGUCGGAAAGGUUUCCGAUGAUUAGUGUCACAUAUCUAGGCUCAUAUCGACCAUCCGGUGUAAAUAGGCUUAAAUUAUUAUCUCCAACAUCUAAAUUCUAACGCUUAAACUGUUAGAUUUUAAGUCAAAACCAUACUCAAAGUUUCUGAAUAGAAAUUUAACUUAAAAAAAAUGAUGUGAAACUGAUGAAAUUGGGUAAUAAUAUAUUGUAAUAGCAAUGUAAAGGAUACGAAAUUGAGCAAAGAUGUUAGGAAGUUCAAGCCCAGGGAUUCCUUUCCCUCUUUCGAAUUAUCUGUCUCUAUCUCUUCUCUCUCAGUCUUUAUCUCUCGAAUGGUGCCUAAAAUGAUUCAAUAAAUUAGUGCCUAUAUCGUAUGUGCAAUAAUAUAGAAGAAACAAGUGGAUUAGUAUUUAUAACAGAGUGUUAUUGCUUGCGGAAUAAGGAAAUUUUGUCGUGAGGAAGAUUGUUUGGUGGUUGUUAAGGAUCAUGGUGAUCGAUCAUCAAAACGUUGAUCAUCAAGUUGGGGACUAAGAAGAAUGUGUUGGUUGAUGAAAAAAGAGACGGGCUUCGUGUUAAUUUGAGGGACGUUCGGUGAUAUUAUUAGUGCUUGAUUCAGUGAUGUCACAGUUAAUGCUCUACAACUUAGGACACGCAUCCAACGCGGGAAAUGAUACAAACAAUAACGCCAAUACCAAUAGCAGCAUGGAGGAUGACGAUUCUUACCAACUGCCCACGAUCUAUAGAUGUCGUGCUCCAAUUGCAAGUUUAGAUUGCAUGGAAGAGUUCAAUGGCGUCGAAUCUGGUGUUCAUUGCAAAGUGUCAACAGGAACUAAGGAACAGUUGCUGACAAGCUGCAUAAGUUCGCAGUCUCGACUACAACAACCCUCGCCAGGUAUUCGCUACCGCAACUUGGGCAAAAGCGGUCUACGUGUUUCCAAUGUUGGAUUAGGAACGUGGACCACGUUUGGUGGUGCUGGUGGGCCAACCAAUGAAGAAACGGCAGAAGCCGUUGUCACUCUAGCCUAUGACAGCGGAAUAAAUGUGUUCGACUUGAGCGAAGCCCACAGCGGGCACAAGGCUGAAAUUCAAUUGGGCCGAAUUCUCUUGCGCCGCUGCUGGAAACGUUCCAGCUAUGUCGUUACCACGAAAAUAUACUGGAGCACGAAAACGGAAGGAAGGGGACUUUCACGAAAGCACAUCAUCGAAUCCGUACAAGCUUCUUUGGCGAGACUGCAGUUGUCGUACAUUGACAUCGUAAUGAUUCACAAAGUUGAUCCAAUGUGUCCUAUGGAAGAAAUUGUACGCGCAAUGAAUUAUGUAAUCGGUAAGGGUUGGGUGAUGUAUUGGGGAACAUCCAGAUGGACUCCUGUUGAAAUUAUGGAAGCAUACUCGAAUUGCAGGCAAUUCAACUGUGUAACGCCAAUCGUCGAGCAGGCGGAAUAUCAUCUUUUUUAUAGGGAUAAGCCAGAGCUCUACAUGCCUGAGUUGUACAAUAAAAUUGGUGUGGGGUUAAUGGCGUGGUCAACAAUCACCAUAGGAAUAGUUUCAUCAAAACAUGAAGAAGGAAUGUCAUCCUUUCUUUCAAGAUCUUCAUAUAAAAAUAAAUAUUCCUCGUUUAGUUGGACAGAAGAUGAAACCCAAUCUUUGUACAAAGAGGGAAGUGAAUUGAAGGAAAAACCCGUAGAGGAGGAACCACCGGUGCGAAAAUAUUCUGACAAAUUAAGGGAUGUUUGUGCUUUGGCGGAGAGACUGGGUUGCACCUUUGCUCAGCUGGCGAUCGCGUGGUCCUUGAAGAACGAAAGUGUUCAGUGCCUUCUUCUUGGAGCAUCUAGCAUAGAACAACUCUACGAGAGCCUCCAAAGUCUGCAGCUUAUCCCGAAGCUUAAUUCCACAGUGAUGACUGAAAUCGAGAGGAUACUGGAGAACAAACCGUCCCGACCCCCGAUGGUAUCAACUCUGGCUCUUAGAUGACAAUCGAUUUGCCCUCACGGAAGCCGUGCGGGAUCUCUAGAAGAGGGUGCAACCAGUCCUAAAAGUGAGGGUGGCAAUAGCCAGGACCAGGAACAGAGCAAAGAAGGAAGUCAAAAAAUGAACUUCUGCGAAAUACAGUGAAAAAUGCAGGCCUUCACCCUCCACAGUCCAAUGAGUUCUACUUCCGUUUUCGCUUGAAUCUGUGCUUCCUAUUGCACACAACAUCUCUAAUCGAUUCUAAAUACUCAUCGACGAUAAUAAAUUCCAAAAUACCUUUCGAGGAGCACAAUUCAGACUAUAUAACACGUCCUUCUCCGCGAUAAUGGGAUAUAAAGUGAUACUUCGAAACUUAAAUUUUAAUAACAAUCCCAAAACGAAUUACCAAUUGCCGGAAUUUUUAUUACGCAAAAUAUACGUUAAUACCUUUAAAAUAAAUAAACUGAUAAACAAGUUUUAUACACCACAAUACGUAAGAAGACGCCGAGAGAAAUUUCUUAUUUAAUUUUUAGCAAAAAACAAUGUAUUAAACUGUUUGUUUAAAUUAACAAAGUCAUCUGGGCAAGUAAAUUAUUUUAUUUAAGUAAGAUAUAUCUCUGGGUGUAUCGAAUAAAUAAGUAACUAAUUUUCUCAGCUUUUCCGCUUGGUGUAUUCAAUUUCCUUCUCGCGAAAUAGUUUUACUCCAGUAAGAGUAUAAUUUCAGGAAAAAAGGAAAAUCAUAGAAAAUUGCCAUAAAUACUAUAAAACUAGACAUUAUAUUAAAAGGGACAAGGUUAAUUGUCAAGUGGACCUGGAACCUUCAAUAAUGCGGGGAAAAAGUUCUAACGGGUUCCCCAUGGACGCUGUGAUUAUAAUAAUAGCGUGUAAGGGUUUAAGUAAAAAAAGGGUAUUUGACUAUUUAUCAAAAAUCAAGUGACCAUCGACACUUUUUUUGAGAAGUCACAGUUGUAUUUUCGACUGGUUCGACCAAGUAGGAGACAACGAAGAACCGAACACUGUGUUUCUUCUAUUCGUAAUAUUUUAAAAUUACACGAAAAUGCGAGCGACAUACUCGAUAAUUAAACAAUAAAUUUUAUUAUAAAUUAUACAAUUGAUCCUAGUGCAUUUCGAUGGACGAACGUGCCAGUUCAUCGUCGACAUUGUCCCUCCAAUGUAUUUUUAAUCAUUCAUUGCUCACAUAAAUAAAAGGAUUCUAGGAUAAUAAUUACUAAACGCUAAAUAAUUAAUUACAUUCGAAAUAAGAUAACAUAUACUUGCCACUGUCAUGUCGCAAACUAGCUAGUGAUAGAGCGAACUUUCAUUCUAUUCUUCUAAUCGCAUUAGCGAUUUUGCUCACAUGAUGUUCACGGUGUUCAUUUCUUGAUGGAUUUUAAUAGUUUUAUUAUUAAUCAACAAUUGUAUUCAACCUAAAAGAAGAAAUAAUAUAUAUUAAUCUGAAGGUUAAUGAUCCUUUUGAGUUUUGACCACAGAAUGGAAUCGUUAACGUCAUUAGAAGCGCUCAAAAUGCCGUUAUAGGUAGCAAUGGACGUAAAGGUUCACCACCUAUUCUACUGUUAUGUAGGAAUUCUUAAGAGCUGCAAAAUAUUCCAAAAAAUUGUUAAUCUUAAUUUCAUGAAAUUCAAAUCUUAACUUUGUUCCUUAUCAAUAGCUGCCUGUUUUUAAAGUCUCAAUAACGGAAUCAUAAUCUUUAUAAAUAUUGUCUAGAGUAAUAAAAGAAUGGAAUAUCUGGAUUACCAAUCUUAAGAAUUCGUAUAACCAUGAUCACCUCUAAGGAAAAUACAUUUUGUAAAAUUAUAUCAUUCUGAGUCUAUCAUCAAAUUAUUAUGCAAUGCAUUAAUCGAAGGCACGCAUAUUUUGAAUUAUGAUCAAUAACUAUUUUUCUUUUUCUAUACCUAAUCACAAUCAAAUAAUUGUGUUACACUCUCUUUGUUCUCAAUCAUUCCUUUAAUCAUUGUUCAUAAUCUCAAAAUGUUCAAUAUCUCAAAAUCUGACAAUAUUAUCUUUAUAAGAUGGUAAAUGUUCGAAAAAAUCAUAAGUAGCAUUGUGUCAUACAGAUGGGAUGAAAUACUUCGGUUCAACUAGAUGCGCAAUUAUUUUUAAUAAAUUGCUUGAUAGUAUUUAAAAACCACAAAUAAAUUUGUUAUAGAUAAUACAUCAUCGGUUAGGUCCAUCUUGUCAAGAUAAUUGACAAUCGAAUGAUAAUUUAAAUAAUAUUUCGUCACGCUCAAAGUCCGCAAAUGAAAGAAACAUUAUUGAAAAAGCGAAUGUCUGUUUUAUGUGCUUUCGAUUAUGACACUGCUGUCGCUAAUCUAAAAUGAUAAGUUUUCCUCAUUAGGAAAAAAAUUAAUUUUAUAGUAUCAUGUCAUAAUCAAAGUGAUAAUGUCAUUAAUGUAGUAAACGAGGCCCAUCUGCGAUUAUAACAAAUAUAAUAUCUGUUCGUUUUAGAAUGAAUAAUUCGUCAAGAAUACGCUUUUACAAUUUGAAAAUGCAUUUUCAUAAUUUUGUGUCUGGAUCUCGCAAUCCCUAUCACGUUUGCAAAUAAUAAGAAAACUUCCUGAUUUAUGGCCCUGAGAUUAACUGACUACCAAAAUAAUUUUCUUUAUUUGGAAUUGUAGGAAAUUCAUGUAAACAAUUUUACACAAUUUUCAAGAUUAUCGCUAAUUUUGUCGAUUGAUUCUAGUUCGGUUUGAUAGAUCGAGUGCAACAGUUUUCUUUCACUUUAGAAUCACUGUAGGUAAAUAAUCAUUAUCAGGUUGUUAGUAUUAUUAUCUUUUUAUCUUGGUCGUUGAUAAUAAUAAUAAGCUUCCAGACUUAUUAGGUUCUUAUGCCUCAUCGAUAUCGAGCGUAAUAUGUCCUGGCAUUAAAAAUUAAAUGCUUAUGAUUUCCAUAAUCAACAGACGAUACUACCGCGAAAGUAGUGAUAGAGCAUUUUUUUAGUCGACAUACUGUGAAUCACGUAGAGAUAAUUAGUAAAGAUUUAUCAUUAUGAAGUAUACAGAAGGCACUCUUAAUAAUCAGCAAGAUAAUAAACUUUGUCAGAUUAGUAUCGAGAUUAGUAGCUUAAAAUCGGAUGCCUAUAUUGCGUUAUCUUCCGAAGAUUUAAAUAUAGGCAUUUUUUCAUAAGAGGGUGUCCAAAAAUUGCAACAUUUUACACAGUUUGCCAAUGAUGUGGCAACGAGAGGAAAUAAGAAUAUUUUGCUUUGAAAUUAUAGAUAUGAUUUUCAGUAUGUACUAAUUUUAGGAGCUGCGAACGUAAAAAAUAAUGUUAUCUACGAGCUAAUUGCGCUGCUGUCUCAAUGAGGCGUAAAUGAAAAAGAUCUUCUUUAUAAGUACGUGAAUUCAACUCAACUGUGAGUAUUUAAAACCUUUGGCCGAGAAAAAAAUUUUUACGAAAGGUUAUGAUCUAAAAAUAUACGUAUCUCGUUCCUUCAACCACAUUUUUGUUGAGCUAGCACAAAUUUGUUAAUACAAUGAAAACCAUAUUUAUCUUGUAUUUAUAGUAACCAAAUCAUUUUGUUAUCCAAGGUCAACAUUUUUUCCAAUAAAUCUGGAGAUAAAAUAUACUUCUAGUCCAAGCGAUAUGCUGAAGAUAUUAAUAAUUUAGCUCAACUUAUUAGAAAAGCAUAACAUUUUAUGUAAAUGUUCCUUUAUUUUUAGAAAACUUUAAGAACUAGGUGCAAACAAUUUUUUGAAUUUGUUUGUUUGUUCAAAAAAUGGUGCCAAUGUUUUAUAAUUAAAUAAAACAUUGAACUUUUCUUUUUUGAUUCUGGUGAGGAAUUUUAGACUACUUUGAAAAUCAACGGAAAUAUUAUUCUAUUGUCUUGUCAUUCAAAAAAGUUCAUUAUCUUAAUUUAAAAAUGGUACAAAUUGUAAACGAAAUUUGGCACCAUUAAAAUAAAUUGUUUGGUAUGCACUCCUUAAAGUUUUGCAGUAGCAGAAGAAACCUUUACCCCAAAUUUAGUGUUUUUGUAACAAUUCAAAGGACUAUUUGUAAUUCGAAUUAUUGCAAAAUUAGGAUUCGGAACAACUUAUUUACUGUGAAAUCAUUGUAUGUCCUGAAUUGAAAAGGGAAAAAGAAAUGAUCAAACUAGGAUAAGAUUAUUUUAUGUCAUUCAAUAUGUGUGAAUUCUUUGUAAUAUUUUCUUAUAACAAAAGGGGAACCGAAAAAACGGAAUAUUAAUCGAGCAGAAGAAUCAGUUGUUCUAUAUCUACAAAAUGUCAACAUUUGAUUCUGUGCGAUGAUGUUAUCAAAGAUAAUUAAAAAAUUAUGUACAAAUAAGAGACAAUGCGAGAUAUCGUGAGAUUGUAAUUGUCCAGGUGGGAGAUGUGAAGGUCAAGACUUUUAUUGGAUCCUCUUUUAAUCCAAUCGUAAAGCGAUUACAAUACGGAUACAACUGUUCCAUUCGCAUCUCGCAUUUAUAAAGUAAAAAAAGUUUAUUUAAAUUCUAUAAACUGUUAAGUAUAUUUAAAUAUUUAAAACACGAAAAUGUUAUUUGUUGUGAAUUUUUUAAUUGUUAUUUUUUAUUUUCGUAAGGAUAAAUUUGUUUCAGGAAAGAUAUGUAAGAGUCCACUAAACGAAGAAUUGUAAACUAUGAGUUCUGCUAUAGCGAGAUUUCCAUGUCACGAUUCAAAAGAGAAGUGAUUAAUUAUGCCAAUAUAAAGUUACUUUUCUACCGAUUCUGCCUUUUUUGUGUCAACCUUUCCC